CUCGGGCCUGCGCGUGCGCAGUUAUUCCUAGGUCUGCACGAGGCGAAGAAUCAUGGAGGACUCAGCGUCCGCGUCUCUCUCGACUUCAGCCGACACAGCGACCGCGAUGAAAGCGGCCCCGGCCGCUUUGGAACAUCUGGACCGAGAGCAGAUUAAAAAGGCCGUAGAAGUUCUGUUUGCACACUCCAAGUCAAAGAAAAAAAAUGAGUUACUUUUGAAUGGAAAUAAGAAUUUAUUUUUAAUGGUGAUAUUAUGGAAAAUUCCAGCGAAAGAACUGCGUGUCCAAGUGUCUUUGCCUCAUAGUAUCCUAUUAGAUUCCUCAGAAGUCUGUCUGUUUACCAAAGAUGACUGUGAAUCACCUGAAAAAACAGAAUGUUUCUAUAAAAAACUUUUGAAAAAGCAUGGAGUUAACAACAUCUCUCGGAUUAUCCCUUUUAAAACUUUAAAAACAGAAUAUAAAGCCUAUGAAGCCAAGCUCCGCCUCCUGGGUAGCUUUGACAUUUUCAUUACUGAUGAAAGAAUUCGACGGCAUUUGCCCACACACAUAGGAAGGCAUUUCUAUCAGAGGAAGAAAGUUCCUGUAUGUGUGAACCUUCUGGCCAAGAACCUGUCCAAAGAGAUUGACCGAUGUAUCACAGGGACCGUCUUAAACAUCUCCAAACAUGGUUCCUGCAGUACUGUGCGUAUUGGCCACACUGGAAUGGAGACUCAGCACAUCGUUGAAAAUAUCCUGGCUGUUGCAGAAGUGCUUUCAGAAAAACUACCAGAGAAAUGGCCAAGUGUGAAACUCUUGUUCCUGAAAACUGACAAGUCCGUUUCCCUUCCCAUCUUUUCCUCGUUUGUCACGUGUCAGGAUGAAAACACCUCAUCCUUCCGUAGCAUGAGGAGAAAGGAACUAAAGAAAAAAAUGAAGCAUGAAAAAGAAAAGUUGAAGAAAAGCAAAGGGUUAAGGAAAAUGUCCAAUAAGGAUGCAUCUCUUCAAACUCAAGGUGACUUAGCAAGUGAAACCAGCAAUUCUCCAGUCAAGACCCCAAGACCCCAGAAGAAAAAGACCAGCAAAGUAAAAGCACAACCUGAAGGGACAGAUGAGUGUGAAGAAGCAAUUCCGCAACUGGUACCAAUAGGAGAAAUACCAAAUAAAGAAAACAUGAAGAUGCAAGAAAAUGUCACAGGGGGGAAAUCUCCAAAAAAGAAACCUGAUCCAAAUACACCUCAGGGCAAGAAAAGGAAGGCCUUACCAGCUACAGAGAUCCCAGGAGCUUUAGAGCCUGUGACCUCAGGGAAGAAACAAAAAAAAAAUGUGCAGGAAGUCAGAAAGUCGGGAGCCAAAUUCUUUACUCCCAGGAAAGCUUCCAACACACCCAAAAACAAAAAGCCCCAAGUGUCCCACUCAAACUAAAAUCAGGUUCCUCAGCCUGAAGGAACUAUAAGAGCUUUUCAAGAAUACUUAGGCAGGUUGUGGUUGCACACACUGUGGGACAUAUAUAGGCAGAUUUGUGUGGGUUUGAGGCCAGCCAGACUACAUAGUGAGAUGUUGUCUUGGUGACAGACAAACUUGACCAAGAUUGGUUGUGCACACCUACAUUCCUAACACUCAAGAAGCCAAGACCAGGGAGUCAUGAACUUCAGCAAGAAUCUGUCGCUAAAGGCUUGGCCUCAGUACCCAGAACUUUGAAAAAUACCACACACCUGCAUAUAAAACAAAAGGUACUUGGGUACCUACCCUACUACAGCCCUUUUCAGCAGUAAGUCCUAUACUUAAAUGUUUUUGUGAAGUUUCCAGGGGUGAUUCUCAAUUUUUCUAUUUGUAAAAAUCAGUGGUUUGAGGCAAAAAAAAUAAAAAUUAAAAAUA